AUGAGUGGUCUCAUCGGCGCCGACAACCAGUUUGGCAAACAGUUCAACCACCCCGACGCAGGCCUACAAGGAACCCUGACGUCCAUCUACGACAUAGGAUGCGCCGUCGGCUGUCUCUUCGCCUUCUUCUGCGGCCACCGCAUCGGCCGCAGGAGAAUGAUCAUGGCGGGCGGCACCAUCAUGAUUGUAGGCACCGUGAUACUCGGCUCCUCAUACAGCGUCGCGCAGUUCAUCGUCGGACGAAUCGUGACGGGCGUUGGAAACGGCAUCAACAGCAGCACCGUGCCGGCGUACCAGAGCGAAAUGGCGCUGUCCAAACAUCGCGGCCGACUGCUCUCGGCCCAGGGGACCGUCACCAUUGUCGGGCUGUGCAUAGCGUACUGGAUGGACUAUGGCCUUAGCUUUGUGCAGAGCCCGAUCCAGUGGAGGCUGCCCAUCAGCUUCCAAUCCUUCUUCGCCAUCUGCCUCGUGCUGCAAAUGAUUCCCCUGCCAGAGACGCCUCGGUGGCUCUGCGAGCAGGACCGCCGCGAGGACGCUGUCAAGGUUCUGACGCGCCUCCAACCCGAUGCGGGCGCUCCGGGAGCGGCGCAAAGCCUGCGCCAAUCGCUCUUGGAAAUCGAAACAGCAAUCGCAAUCGAGUCGGCCGGAGGCCCAUUCCACUACCGCGAACUGUUCACCCGAGGCAAGAUACAGAACCUGCGCCGCAUGAUUCUUUGCGGCCUGGUCAACGUGCAGCAGCAGUUUACGGGAGCAAACAUGAUUAAUUACUACGCGCCUGUAGUCUACCAAAACGUCAUGCACCUAUCCAGGAACACGUCUCUGAUUCUGGGUGGAUGCACGGCAAUUGUAUAUCUGAUCGGCUCGUUCAUUCCACUAUGGAGCAUGGACCGCAUCGGCAGGCGCCUCUCGCUCAUGGUCUCGGCCGCCGGGCUCUCGUUUUGUUUCGUCAUGGUCUCCAUCCUGCUGUCCAUCGGCACGCAGCGCUGCGCAUACGCAGCCACGUCCUUUGUUUUCAUCUUUCAACUCUUCCUGGGCAUCGGCUAUCUGCCCGUCCCUUGGUUCUACCCGAGCGAGGUGACGACGACGCGAAUCCGUGCGCGCGGCCAGGCCUUUGCCGGCUUCGUCAAUUGGAUGUGCGUUUUCAUUGUAGUCCAGAUCACACCUAUUGCUAUUGAUAAUAUUGACUGGCGGACAUUCAUCAUCUUUGCAUGCUUAUGUGCAUCCUGGAUACCCAUGGUGUACUUCUUUUUCCCCGAAACCAGCGGCCUCGAAUUGGAAGACGUCGACCACCUGUUUGAGAAUGGCGGCAUCACCGGCGGCGUUUUUGAGUCCAGGGGGAGGCCAGUACGGCCAGGUUGUCACCGACAACAGGCAUUGAAUAUUCCAUUGAAGCAUCCCGUGUAA